AAGUAACGUAUCUGAUAGGCUGAGAACUGCUUUCUUCAACCAUUCAGCGGUUAUGGCCAUGCAGCUUUAUAGCACAGAGUUAUGUUUGUACCAACUGAGCCUUUCUCAGAAAAGCGCAAUGUCCUCUCGAUCAGCAUAUUCUAUAGUCUCCGAGACUUGGUGGGACGAGAUCUUCUGUUCUGGCCUUACCGCGGCGGAGAACAUUCUAAACAUGUACAUGGGGCUGCCGCCAGGGGGCGAACAGGCGUUCAACAACACUCAGUGGGUACAAAUGGCGUUCUGCAUACUGGUUGCUUCCCGGCAAGUCGUCGCAGCUUCACGCAUGGGAAAGGCGACACUACUUCCACAGAUUCACACGUGGCCGGAAACUCUAGAGAAACUGCGGCAGCGCCUGGAAGCAUUAUCUACAACGCAGGUGGAUCUGGAUGGCGAUCGGGAUGUCUUUAAUGAAUUUGAGAAACGCGUUUGUCGCAUCCAGGGCUGGUUCGAUCGCAACUUCGAUAACUCAGAAUCAGCCUUUCCCCCACGGAGCCUUACCGAAAGACAAGAUGUAGGUCUAGAUGCUGCAACUGGACUGCCGUAUGGCGCUUCGAUUGUUUCCUUGGACAUGUCAGGGCGUCCGUCACCGAUUGGGGAUGACUUUCAGUUGGCUGGGGAUUUCUUCCUCCCUUCAAGUCUUGAAAUGAUGACUGAUUGGAUAUAAUACGUUGUCCCGCAUUAAUCAGCCUACAGAGAUUUGGCCAGUGCCUGGCUGUAUAUGUACCAACCUGCUACUAACUUU